UCGCCAAGAUGAAGCUUACUGUAAAGACUCUCAAAGGCAGCCACUUCGAAAUUAGGGUUCAACCCACUGACACCAUCAUGGCGGUUAAGAAAAAUAUUGAAGAUGUGCAAGGAAAAGACAAUUAUCCAUGUGGACAGCAAUUAUUGAUUCACAAUGGAAAGGUUUUGAAAGAUGAAAGUACUCUGGCAGAGAACAAGGUCUCUGAAGAUGGUUUUCUUGUUGUCAUGCUUAGCAAGAGUAAAACUUUGGGCUCAAGUGGGACCUCAUCCACCCAGCCUGGAUCUACAACUCAACCAAUUUCUAAUCCUACUUCUGCACCUGAAGCUCCUGUACAAGCACCGGCCCCAGAAAUCACCUCGUCUGGUUCCAAUGUGGCAACAGCUAAUGCUCCUUCUGAUACGUAUGGUCAGGCUGCUUCCAUUUUGGUUGCUGGUUCUAACCUUGAGCAGACCAUUCAACAAAUAAUGGAUAUAGGUGGUGGCAACUGGGACAAAGAAAUAGUUACCCGUGCACUUCGAGCUGCUUACAACAAUCCAGAGCGAGCUGUGGAUUACUUGUAUUCAGGUAUUCCAGAAGCAGCGGAAGUUGCAGUGCCAGUGGCUCAUUUGCCUGUGAAUCAGGCAACUUCUGAGGGGGCUGAAACACGUGCAGCAGCAGCUGCACCCAUCUCUGGAGCACCUAAUUCAUCUCCUUUUGAUUCUCUCUCUCUGCUCUCUUCGAUCCCUGAAAGUGUCAAUUUGGGUUUUCAUUCACAUUCUCUCUCUCUCAUCUUUCCACUUUCAAACCCACAAUCCUUUUUUUUAAUCAACCCACUACCUCACUUUCUUUAAACCCCACUUUCACUCACACUCACAUGGGCUUGUCCCAUUCUCCUCUCAUCUUUUCAACUUUUCUUUCAACUUUUUUUUUCCAAAGUAUUU